CUCUCUCUCUCUCUCUCUCUCUCUCUCUACCCUCACCCCCAGCUGUUGCUAGCUGUCUCCCUCAUCCCUUGUCAUGUGACCCUGCUCCUCCUCCUCCUCCUCCCCCCACCCCUCCCACCUCAGAGGCUCAGACCCAACUUAAGCUUCCGUGCCACCACCAUCCUAAAAACGAAGGCAAAGAGAGUGGCCAAUUGUAGCAGAGACAAGUGCCUCCCUUCAUCCUUCAAUUUGAAUGCAGGCCAUGAGGAAGCAGCAGCGCACCUCCCGUACCAUCAGCUAGCAUUGGCUGUCCAAUCUGAUCAUCUCAACUCGAUCUGUACAUAUGCAGAGAUCAGUGGGAGCAACCGCGCAGCUACCUCCCAAGGUGCCCAACACCAUGUCCGGUAACUGGUCUUACUUCGGCCACCACGCCGCCCCCUCCGCUGCAUUGGGCCCCCACCAUUUCCUCCCGGCUGCCGCGCCGCCCGCCCCCGGCUCCCAGCCCUCCUGGGUGGACGAGUUCCUCGACUUCUCUGCCGCCCGGCGCAGCCAACACCGCCGCAUCGCCAGCGACUCCGUCGCCUUCCUCGAGGCCCCGCUCGUCGACGAGGGCGGCGGCUUCGACCGCCUCGAUGACGACCAGCUCAUGUCCAUGUUCUCGGACGAGGUGCCGGCGCCGCCGUCGUCCUCGUCCGGCGUCCCCGCGUCGUCGUCGUCCCCGUCGGACCACACCGACGUCAACGAGGACAAGGCUGGUGCUGCGGAUCAGGUGGCCGCGGGUGGGCCGGAAGAGGCGCAAAGCGUAUGCAAGACAGAGCCGGAGGCAGUCACCGCGGCGAUGACGACCAAACCGGCCGCGGAGUCGGAGACAUUCGUUGACCCCAAGAGGGUGAAGAGGAUCUUAGCGAACAGGCAGUCGGCGCAGAGGUCCCGAGUGCGCAAGCUUCAGUACAUUUCGGAGCUGGAGCGCAGCGUGACAUCGUUGCAGACCGAAGUAUCAGCUUUGUCUCCUCGGGUCGCAUUCCUGGAUCAUCAGCGCUCCAUUCUCACGAUGGGCAAUAGCCAUCUCAAGCAGCGGAUUGCGGCACUCGCGCAGGACAAGAUCUUCAAGGAUGCACAUCAAGAAGCGUUGAAGAAGGAGAUCGAGAGACUCAGGCAAGUCUACCAUCAGCUGAAUCUUGACAAGAUGGCGGCGUCCAACGCCGAACCUGCUGCGCGUACGGAGAAGGAAUUGCGCAGCUGACAGCAGAGACCACGCCACAUGAAUCUGAAGAGAAGGAUCUGUGGCUUUCGGUGUUCCAGGUCGAUGUAUUAUUGUUCAUGCAUGUUAUGUUGCUCAUUCUUUUCAUCUUCGUUUUCUUUUUUGCUUCUUUUUCUUUCUUUCUUUC